UGUUUGUAUUCGACAGAGUUUGUUCUGGUAUAAAAAAAAAAGUAUUUAUGUAAAUGGCGGUUAAUAUUGUGGAGGGUUGUGAUAUAGGCGAUGAUCUCCAACUGUCCUUGCUCUUCCCUGAUUAUGAUCUUCCUCCAACUUUGAAGCUACCAGUGCUCUCUCAAACACUUUUCGAAUCUUUUAAAAAGUCAAAUUACAGAGAGCUUUUAAAAUCUUCAGUGGCCCUAGAUUUUUUUGAAUAUUUAUCUAAAGAUAGUAAAAAUAUAAAAGAAAUCCUUAUACACCUACCUAAACGGUUAAAUUUAUUUCUUGUAUCUAACAAUCCCUUUGACGUUUUAAUAUUGGGAGCAGCCUGCCUUCAAGCUUUCGUCCAAGAAAAUUGGACUGGACCUGGUCUUAAACUUAACUUCACAGAUAUUAUUAAGCUUGAUUCUAAUUAUCCUACAGAAGUCUUACAUAAGGAUUGUCUGGCGCUUUUAGAGAAAUGUGGAGAGAGUUGUUAUCGCUUAGUUACUUCACCUUUUUUGCUUCUAUUAGCAGAGGCACUUUUGGAGCCGUUAUUGCCUAUUUUUUCAACUGCAGGCUUGUGGCGCGCCCGUGCUUUUCUAUUUCAUCAAAGAAUGCUUGAGCAUAACGUUCAGAGUUUCCGUGAUAUUUAUUUUGGCCACAUGGAAAGCGCGCUCUCUUCUAGCUGGAUCCAAAAGAUUCCGUGCAGAAAAGAGCUUACAAUCUUAUUAUUGCUGGAGUGCGUGUGUGCCUGUUACCAGUACAACGACGUGACUGAGGCGCAGACUUUUCUCGAAAAAGCAAAAGCUUUAAAUGGCCUAAAUUUGAGGUUGACCGGGUUUCUCGGCAAACGUACCAAAUACCAGAGCGCGCCACUCCCACAGCUCACGUUACUUGUGGAAAACAACAAGAGCUGCGCCCCUGAGGAGCCUGGACACCGCCCGCAGGAAGUGGCUUUAGAGAGUGACACGCUGUAUUCCAGUGUUUGUUACGAGGAGGAAAUCCCGCACCACUCUCUCGGUCUCUAUGACCAGCUUAUUGUCUUAGCUGCCUGUGUAAACGUAAAGAACACCAACCCAGUGCAUGGACUUACGGCUGAUGAGAUGUUUCCUUACGUUAACCGAGUUUUAGAAGAAAAAAAUAACAAUAACUGGAUGAUUUGUUCAUUUGCACUACUACUGCGUUCACGGCUGGAGGCUAAGCAUAUGAAAAAAGCAGAGAGAGCCGCGUUGCAGUUGCAGGUAUUAGUAGAUCAGUUUGAAGACACUAAGUACGGUGAUGGGCCUGUUUCAGAGCGCAUAAAGUUUAUCUAUGCCCUCGCCUUUCCGCCAAAGCAUUCUUUAAGGCGGGAGCUGGGAUAUCUCUUGCUCUCGAUGGGCUGCUCCAGGAGCGCACGUGAGCUUUUCGAGGGCCUUGAAUUAUGGGGGGAUGUCGUAAAAAGUCACAUCAUUUCUGGAGAAACAGAGAAGGCUUUAGCCGUUAUCCGGUGCCGUUUAGCAUUGGAGGACUCGCCGCUCAUGCGUUGUUACUUGGGCGAUAUCACCGGGGACCAUUCCGAAUAUGAAACUGCUUGGGAAACGUCCGGCCAUCGGUACACCAGAGCCAUGCGAUCUCUGGGGCGUCAUUAUCUGAAGGCUGGCCAGCAUGAAAGGUGCAUUGAGUGCUUUCAGACCGCUCUUAAUAUCAAUCCCAUAUUCCCUCAAACGUGGUUUAGUUUGGGUUGCGCGGCAAUGUUCUGCAAGAGGUGGCCGCUAGCAGCCAGUGCGUUCCGGCACGCCCUUUCUUUGGACAGAGAUAAUGCAGAGGCCUGGUCCAAUCUCGGCGCUGUAUUGACUAAGCUGGAGGAAAUUAAUGGUGCGCAAACUGCUUAUAAGGAAGGUCUGAAAUGCAACCGUUCUCAUUGGAGAAUAUGGGAAAACCUACUUACCGUCAGCCUUCAGCUCGAAGACGUGUGCACGUGCCUUGAGGCUGUUUCCGAAAUUGUUAACCUUCGAACUAAAUGGGACAACCUGCCGCAAUUGACUCUUUUGCUGGACUUGAUCAUGCAAAGGGUGCGGCAAUAUGAAGGAAAUAGCGUCGACUGGCGCACACUUACUGAAAAAACUUCUCAAAUGCUGGAAUGCAUCGGCAAUGUAGGCAUCACCGACCCGUGCUUCUGGCUGCUCUGCGCAGAGUGGCACUCGUUCCUUGGUGUUUGGGACAAGGAAGUCGACUUUUUAUUAAGAGCCUAUCGAGCACUUUCAGCAUCAAGCUGGGAACACGACGAAAAUCUCUUUGAGAAGCUGGCAGAGUCUGUUUUGAGGCUCAGCAAAGUGUACAGUGCAGCCGCCGGUCGUCUCUACUGCCACAAAGCAGUUUUACUUCUAAGAGGACUUUUGAGAAAGGCUGAAAACGCUUAUACUGAACAUGUUUUGUACAGCGCGUUGCAAGAUGAAUUGAAACGUAUCACUCAACUUGAGAGUGUACUGAAACAAGAAGAGCGUUAA